UCUUGAUCGAGCACAAAGUACAAGACCAUAUAAUGUACAUGGCCGCCAUGCUUUGUCCAUUCGCGCUCGAUGUCUCCCCAAAUCCUCCCUGUAGUGGCUCAUAACCUUCGAAAUCUUCCGCACUACGCCGUACCACCCACAUCGAACCCCGAGCCCCCAACUGAGCGAACUUUUGCUAUUGACCGGCUCUCGCGCAGGGAUGACUACAGUUCCUCAUUUUUCGAAUCGUUAUGCGAACGCCUCUACAUCUCGGAGCUGGAGUGUCUCUUGGAUGAGUCUGACGCGACGGAGCUUCCUGUUGAGUGGGGAAGGCCCCCCGCGACGAUACCGCCAUGGGAUGCCCAAACUAUUCCCACAUGCUACCAGCGCACGCUGAACAACACCAUAUAUCGGCCGCAUGGGAAGUGGGGGUGGGCCUCAGACUUGGCUUUCGUGGAAUCUGAGCCCGCUAUUCCCUUGUCCUCGGGUGCCAUGUGUGAAGCACUUUUUAAAACGGGUCAUAUCGGUGGACGGCCUGUGAAAUCCAUAUCCAAGUUGUGGCUGACGAAGUACCCUUGGCGAGGGUUCUUUUCCGAGCUUGGACUAUAUAAACGUCAGCUCAAACCGCUCCAAGGCAUUAUCGUGCCGUUUAUCAUCAACGUAUAUACUUGCGUUGGGGCCAUCGACGUCGCAAUGGAACCGCCACACCAUUCAUUCUGGAUUGAAGCCUCUCCAGAUAUGCCUGAUGUUCUCAAGAGGCGUUGUAUCGCGGCAUACGAGAGACUGCACGCGGCAGGCGUGUGGCACGGAGAUGUGGAGCUGCGACAUAUGCUCAUUGGCGGCGAUGCGCGUGUUACGCUGAUUGACUUCCAAGAAAGCCGAGCCUUGAAACCCAACCCAGCCCUCCAACUCAAAGCUGCGUCAGCAGACGACUUGCGGCUUGAAAUGCGGAAAGUCAAGUUCAAGUUGGAUUACAAAGGCGCGCGGCGUCUGGAAGAGCAGAAGAUGCAGCGCGCGAUUCGCCUGGCGCGAAGGAACCAGUUCAGAGAUGGGGGUCUGCCCGAGCUUCCAUCGCAGGAGGACAUCGAUGUCCCGCCUCUGAGUGCCAGGGAAUGGAAUAAAUGGGUCGGCGCGGCACCUUUGCGGCCGCAGCGUUUUGUGGUACCUGGCCAGACUCCCGAAGGCUUGCGAUCCGCGAUAGACAACUUUUGUGACGCCCUGGAAAAGCUGGAAAAGCACGGACUUUCCAAUCGAAGAACAUCUAGGCGCUUGACUUCACCGGAAUUCAAAGUGCCUGCGAUUCCAGCGAGGCCAUUGGAACUGGUCUCCAUCGAUGUCUCCGGGCCAACUUUCGUGACGAAGAUACCCACUUUAACUUGCGUUCCGUCGUCCGAGACGAUAUGUCCUCCUGCGUCUCUGCCAAGGAAGCGAAAAAGAAACGAUCUCGAGGACUGCGCGGUCACUUCGCCCCCGAAUAAAGUGCCGCGCGUGGCUUCCUCUUCGGGUGUCUCUAGGUCGGCAAUAGAUCUUCACUUUCCAUCUCGAGUCAUCUCACGCUGGGCUGAGAACUUGUGGUGUUUAUUCUCAUAAUUUCGAUUUGUGCAUGUACUACAUAGUUUAUUUCGAUACCCCAUCACUCAAUUGAGAUGUUCCUCCUCCCAUACCUCGAAAAAGCGCCGUCGAUCAGCCACAUUCACUCCGCGACAACUCUUCAGUCCCAAAGUGUUCAGGUCUGGGCACGAAUCAAGCACUGUAAACAGACCCUCCUUCGUGAUCUUUGUCUCGGCCACCUCCAGCCAGCGCAAGGACACACAGGCUGCCAAGAAGGGUGCAGCUUCGUCAUCGAUCGCGGUGUUAUUGAGGAGGAGAGUUUGGAUUGUUGGAGGGGGCUCGUCGUCGUCAGGAACCAACAUGGCGAGAUGAUAUGAGCGUAAGGAAGAGAGGGCCGAGAGAUUCAGCCACUGUAUCAUAGCAAAUCAAUUAUGAAGUCAAUAUACUAGAAGCCUCUCACCUUGCAGCGCCUGCCCACCUGUCCUACGAAAUCGACCAGCGGCUGCGCUGAGGUAGCACCCAGUUUCACAUUGCCGACUAAGCUGACAUUCUCCAGGUUCCUUAAUUCUCGUAGUACAGGAAUCAAACUUCGCAGCACAGAAUCCGUCAACGAAAGCCCAGAAUCAAUGGCAACCGAGCCCGGUCCGGAGGAUCCAAGGGCCCCGAGUGACAGCGUAGUCAGGCUGGAGUGAUGAGGAAGGAAGCUGAGGAGAGAUGCCGGCGGUAUCUUCGUGGCUGUGAGCAUGAGUUUCUGCAGGGGCGGCAGUUGAAUAUGACCGAGCGAUUGGCGAGAUGAAGUGAAAGAGACGUCGAGUCGAGAAAUGCGAGGGCACCGUUUCAGGAGUCCGUGUAUGGAACUGUCGGAUAUAUGCAGGUGCGCCAGUUUGAGUGUUCGAAGCGUGGGCAAUGAGAGCUCUUCAACCAUUAAUUUCGCGAAAGUACCGUCCGUCUGUAUGGUUGAUUAGCAUUCGAGUCAUGGACGGAAUGGAUGGAUAACGACCCAACUUGAGAUCCCGGCAACCUUCAGAACUUCCAAUUUGGCGCCUGCAACAAGCAGCACCGAAAGAAGGGCAGCUGGAGUUACCGAUGUGUAGUUCAGAUUCAGUUCCUGAAGGUCUGUGCAAUGUUUUGAUAAGGCCGCCAGGCUCUUCUGCCCCACAAGUGAACAUCCCCUGCGUCGACUGGAUUGGAGUGUAGAAGAUACCAGACAGGACUACCGACCUUAAAACUAGUCUCCGCAGAUGAGGAAGCUUUCCCAGAGGGCCAGCGAAUGCACUGUCAGGAAUUUUGGCAAAUCCGGAUAGCUCGAGGUCGGAUAAAUCCGGAAACCGCUCAAUCGCUCGGAUAGUCUGGGUUUGCACACCAGGCAACGCUUCAGAUAAGGUCAAACGUGCACCUUUGAAGAAGUACGAGACAAGAAAUUCAUGUUUCAGGUAAGUAGGACACUCCUUUGUGAGGUUUUCGAGUAGAGGGUGCAGCAAUGGGUCCGGUAGCACGGCUAGCAGAGGCGAAAGCUUCUGCCACAACGCAUCAUUCGAUCGUAAACGAAUAAAAUGGCGAGCAAAAAUAUGCGAGCAUAAAGCACUGAGCGGUGGGAGGUGUGUGGAGCGUGAGGAUCGAGUGCCAGUGGUCAAUGCAGCCGGAUUAGGCUGAUUAUUGGCAGGUGAGGGUGCAUCAUCCUCGUUGGGUGCACCAAAAUCGGCCAUCCGUCUCCGUUUCGCAGGAGGAGGGACCAUAAGGAUGGAUAUUUGUGGAAGGCUUGCAAAUUUUUGUUCUCGGCCGUGCGACUGGAACACGUUUGAUGAGGAUGUUGUCAAGCACAAGCGGGAGAUGCUGACGUCACUCGAAAUUCGUCCUCUAAUCUAAUCUGAUCCUUUGUGCCUUUCCUUGUCAUGUCCUUCAAACGCGCACAAAAGCAGGUCAGCGCGACAUCCCAGCCUUCCCCGUCAACACGAUCUAUCUCGACUGGAAUCUCGUCUCUAGAUGACAUAUUAGGUGGCGGACUCCCACCGUCUACUUCACUCGUUAUCUCAGCGCCAAACGUCCACACGGAGUACAGCGAUCUAGUCGCGAAAUAUUUUGUAGCUCAGGGUCUCUUUUCGCGAUCACAGAGACUCUGUGUUGUCGGUGAUGAAGAAUGGGUCCGGAGCUGUAUGUGGUCAUUGCCCGGGACAGUUGCCGACGAGACAGACAAGGAGGAAAGCGAAAGUCACGAGAAGAUCAAGAUCGCCUGGAGAUAUGAAGGGAUGAAGCGAUUCCAGACAACGACAUCGACAACAGCCGCUUCUACCGUCGAUGCUCCUGCGCCUUUUGACUUGACAGCGCGAAUACCUGCCGAAGUGGUCUCCGAGUCUCUGCGUGAAGGCCGUCUGUGUCUCAUUCCCAUUGACAACCCGCACAAUGUUCUCCAGCACAUCAGUGCCUUCCUGAGCCAAGAGUCUCGAAGAUCUGGUCAAACGCGUCUGUGUGUUCCCGGGUUUGCGUCGCCAUGGUGGGGAGAUGUCGGACCACGGGUGGUGCUGCGAUUUCUGUUCGAUCUCCGUGCACUGGUGCGCAGGCACGAUUCCGCGUUCUCUUGUUGCACUCUUGGAGCAGAGUACAGUCGGGACGACUCUGGGUGGCAGCAAAAGAUUGGCUGGUUUGCGGAUGCUGCGAUAUCCAUGGAUGCUUUUGCGGGAAAUUCCACGUUGACCGCCGCUUUCCCGACGCAUCACGGCUUGCUGCGGGUUCACAAUCUGCCAGCGCCGACCGGUCUGGUGCCCGCAAGUGACAGAUUGUCAGUGCUGAGAGGAGCAAUGAACGGGACAGGCGAGAACAAUCUGGGUUUCAAGUGCACUCGAAGAAAGCUGGUGUUCGAAACAGUCCAUCUGGACGUUGAAGGCGGCGUCGGCGAGCGGAGAACAGCUGAGAAACCGGUGACAGCUAUCAGGCCAGAUGUUCAGAACACUGGCGCGGCGAGUCCUCGGGUUGCAGUCGAGCUUCAGGUGGAAUCGGCAGUCGAAAUCCAGCUGCUUGAAGAGAGAAAACCACCGAAAAAGAAAACCAUCAAACGGGUCGGAUUCCAGAGCGACCGCCCGGAUGUGUAUGAUUUCUAAAAGUCCGGUAUCACAGAAUACAGUGCUUGUAAAGUUUCGGGUGCGGUUAUCUUGUGACCCAGACCUCAGGAGACCGAGGAUCGCAAUUUCACUUUACAGUCACGUCAGACAGCCUGUAUGUUGACAGUACUAAAAUUGGAUUUGACGUCGAAAGUUCGCAAGCAGUGGCGCGCACGGCGGGAUUCCGUGC